GCCUCCCCAAAUCUAACCACACAGCAAGAAGCAGAGCGCCAGACCAUCCAGUCAUUGCGCCAGGGAGGUGCCUUGACAAGCAAGUUCCUCAGCAUGUCGUCUAUUCCCAGUUGCCUUCUGGGGGUUGCUCUUGAGGGAGAGACCAAUAAUCACGGGCACGCUUCCUUGCUUCAACAUGUCCUGCUUCUGGAACAGGCUCGGCAACAAAAUACACUAAUUGCUGUUCCUCUGCAUGGCCAAUCGCCUCUAGUGACAGGAGAACGCAUCCCCUCCAACCUGCGCACUGUAAGCAAGUUGCCUCGACAUCGUCCAUUGAGCCGCACCCAAUCGUCCCCACUGCCUCAGAGCCCCCAAGCAUUGCAACAUUUGGUUGUGCAGCAACAGCACCAACAUUUCUUGGAGAAGCAGAAACAGCAGCAGAUUCAACUGGGAAAGAUAAUCACCAAGACCGGUGAGUUGCCCCGGCCACCUACCACACACCCUGAGGAAACAGAGGAGGAACUGACAGAACAACAGGAGUCUUUGGGGCUUGGUUUGGGCCUGGGCCAGGGGCCCUUUGUGCUGGAUGGGUCAAUAGAAAAUGAGGGGACCCAGGAUGGCUUAGAGGAACAAGAGGAGGACGAAGAAGAAGAAGAAGAAGAAGAAGAAAGUAUAGCCAAAGAGCAAGGCUGUCUUCAAAUGAAAGAUGAAGCUGGAGUGAACAGGCUACAAGAAGAACAGGAGGUUGAGGAGUUGGGAGUUACUUACAGGCAGGUAUUUGCUGAUGCACAUCAGCUAAGAUCUCUGCAGCUCUAUCAAACUCCCCUGAGCAUAAGUACUAUACCCCAUCAAGCCCUUAGCCGUACCCAGUCUUCACCUGCUAGCACUAGCCUGAAGAACAGUACACCUGAGCCUUUGGUCCAUCACCUUUUCACUACAGGUGUUGUUUAUGACACAUUCAUGCUGAAGCACCAGUGUACAUGUGGAAACACUAAUGUUCACCCAGAACAUGCUGGGAGGAUACAGAGUAUUUGGUCCAGACUACAAGAGACAGGAUUGCUAACCAAGUGUGAGAGAAUCCGAGGCCGGAAGGCAACAUUGGAUGAAAUCCAGGCUGUCCAUUCAGAACAUCACACAUUACUAUAUGGAACAAGUCCCUUGAACAGGCAAAAACUUGACAACAAGAAAUUAUUAGGCCCCCUUAGUCAGAAAAUGUAUGCUGUCCUCCCAUGUGGUGGAAUUGGGGUUGACAGUGACACAGUAUGGAAUGAAAUGCAUUCAUCCAGUGCAGUCCGCAUGGCUGUUGGCUGUUUGCUGGAGCUGGCCUUUAAAGUGGCAUCAGGGGAACUUAAGAAUGGAUAUGCUGUCAUCCGACCACCAGGUCACCAUGCAGAAGAGUCUACUGCCAUGGGCUUCUGCUUCUUCAACUCUAUUGCCAUUGCUGCUAAGCUUCUACAACAAAAGCUUGCCAUCAGUAAAAUCCUCAUUGUGGAUUGGGAUAUCCAUCAUGGCAAUGGAACCCAACAGGCAUUCUAUAGCGAUCCCAGUGUUCUAUAUAUUUCCCUCCAUCGCUAUGAUAAUGGAAAUUUCUUCCCAGGCAGUGGAGCUCCUGAAGAGGUUGGCAGUGGGAUGGGUGUAGGUUACAAUGUAAACAUUGCCUGGACUGGUGGAGUAGAUCCCCCUAUUGGUGAUGUGGAAUAUCUGACAGCCUUCAGGACUGUGGUGAUGCCUAUAGCCCACGAGUUCUCCCCAGAUAUGGUCCUUGUUUCUGCUGGCUUCGAUGCUGUUGAGGGUCACUUGUCCCCGUUGGGUGGAUAUUCCGUCACAGCCAAAUGUUUUGGGCACCUGACCAAACAACUGAUGGAUCUGGCAGAUGGGCGUGUUGUCUUAGCUUUAGAAGGUGGUCAUGAUCUGACUGCCAUCUGUGAUGCCUCUGAAGCCUGUGUCUCUGCCUUGCUUGGCCUUGAGAUCCUGGCUGUGCUGGCCGCCCAUCUAUGGAAAGUACCGGUACGCGUCCAGUGCUACCUGGACGACAUCUUGAUCCAAGCAUCCUCCUUCCAGGCAGCCCAGUCGGACCUGGAAUCAACUAUUCAGGUCCUCCAACAGCACGGGUUCUCGGUGAACUUUCAAAAAAGCCAGACGCUUCCCUCACCCAGGCUUCUGCACCUGGGAGCCAUCAUAGACACCACAAACUGUAUGGUCUAUCUCUCCCCGAAGCGGUUGGUCAGCAUCAGGGACCUAGCUCGCCGAGUAUACAAAGGCCGCACCGUUCCACUUGUCUUACUCUCCCAACUUCUAGGGAAAAUGGUCUCCUGCGUAGCCAUAGUUCCCUGGGCCAGACUCCACUUGCGGGAGCUUCAAUGGUUCCUCCUACCGUUCCAGCGAUUGAACGCCAGCGCAUCCAGCCGGCAGGUGAGGCUCCCGGUCCACACCCUCAGGUCUCUUCGCUGGUGGUUCUCACAAGCGAUAACCAAGGGGUCACCUUUCAAGGAGCCGGACCGCCUCACCAUCACGACAGACGCCAGCCUAUUUGGCUGGGGAGCCCACCUGCAGUCUCAGUUUGCGCAGGGCCGUUGGUCCCAGCAGAGAUUUGAGACACAACAUUAA